AUGGCAGAGCGUGGAAAGCAAGGGCAUUAUCUAGACAAGUCCACAGUAUUAUAUAGGUUAGAUAACGGCAGGCUGAAGAUGACCCUGGAUGAUGAUUUGUUUAACGUUCCAGAGAAUGACGAGGAGAUAUUAGAUGCCAAUGAAGAGGAUGAAGACGAAGAUGAAGAUGAAGAAAUGAAUGACAACGAGAAGAGAGGUCAAGAAGAGGAAGCCAACGAAGAUCAAGACGAAGACGAAGAUGACGAAGAUGAGGAGGAUGAUGACGAUAAUGACGAAGAUAAAAAUGUAGAUGAAGAUGACGAUGAUGACGAAGAGGACGAGGAAGAAGAAGAAGGUGACGAAGAAGAAGACGAUGAUGGAAGUGAUGAUGGUGACAAUGCAGACGAAUCCAAAUAUAUCGAUGCAAAGGAGACUCAAAAUGAACAUGAUAAUACUACGGUAAAUGCAAACGAGAAUGGCAAUUUUGGUGAAAAUGAGAAAGAGAGCGUAGAUCCUGAGAACCAGAAAGCGAAAGACGAUUUGCUUGAACAGUUUAGAGACGAUUUAAGAGAGGAGGAAGAGAAAGAGAGAAUAAAGGACGAAGAAAGAAAUGAAAUCCGAGACAGUAAAGAAGAUGGUGAUGGUGAAGCAGAUAUGGAUAUUGAUAGUGACAAUAAGGAAAAACCACACGCCAAUGGCGAAGAUGGUGGGUUAAAUGGGCAGGAAUUAUCAUUCAGAGAGAAAAUCAUUGAGCAAGCUCAAGUGGCCACCAAAUUUGACAUCGUCCCCACAGUCGCCAUACCGUACGCAUCACAGUGCCACUCAAUUGCCUUCUCUGAAGGUCCCAGGUGGAUAAUAACCGGGGGUGAAGAUGGGUUUAUUAGAAAGUAUGACUUUAUCGCUUCAAUUGAAGGUAAAUCUCCCUUGACUAUGGCCCAGAAGCAUAACUUGGUAGACACGGUAACAAAAGCCGGAGUUAUUGUGUCUUACUGGGAAAAUGAACAACCACAAACUAAACAGCAGCUUUUGAAGUCUAAUCCUAAAUUGAAAAUGUCGGAUUUUGCUGCAGGUACAGCUAACUAUGAGCCUAAAUUGAGCCCAGUGUAUUCUUUAGCAGCUGACAGGAACGGAUAUUGGUGUCUCUCUGGUCUGUCAAGGGGAGGAAUAGCAUUGUACACAAUGCGCUAUAAUGAAGGUUCCAUACAUCACUAUUUCAUGCAGGGGAGAAGAGGCGAAAAUACCUAUUUAUCGAGUGGCCAUGCUGAUACCAUCUCUGUGUUAAAACUUAAUUCUGAAGAGAAUAAAUUUUUGUCUGGGUCUUGGGAUAAGACUAUCCGAGAAUGGGAUCUUAAUUCCGGCAAAUGCAGUAAUAUAUUUUUGGGGCUGUCUGGACAAAUUUCUAAUAUCCAGUACAGACCCUUUGGAUUGUCUGAUAUGACAUUGUCUAUAGAUGAUGAAGAUAAAAGCAACUCUGCGAACACCAACGGCAAAGCAAUUGGUGGUGGUGAAGCUGAAAAUCCCGAGGCAGGUAGCGACAUUGAUUCGCUAUUCGGAGAGAGUGAUGGAGAAGAGGAUCAGAAACAGAGGAUCAAGGAAGAAGCAAAGGAUAAAUCUUCACCUAUACAUGUGCCGGAUUCUUCAACAUCGCAUAAUAAGCAAUAUUCCAAUGAUUCCAUAUUCAUGAGUUCAUCCAUCGAUGGGACAAUAAACAUAUGGGAUAUAAGAGUAAGCGAUCAAAAUGGGGCAAAUUCAGUUAUAAAGUUAGGAGUUCCUGCAAACACACCUCCUUGGUGUAUGUCUUCAGCUUGGUCUAAUUGUGGGGACUAUAUCUAUGCUGGUAGAAGAAAUAGCACGGUUGAAGAAUUUUCAAUAAAGAUGCCCCAUAAGAAGGCGCAAUCAUCCCAUGCUAAGGGAACAAUGACACCAAACGUACUGAAAACAUUGAAUUUCCCAAAAAUUUCAGGUCCAAUAAGUUCAAUUUCUACCAUGCCAAACAAAGAUUUCUUAUUAUGUGGCUCAAAUGACAAUAUUAGAUUGUAUAACUUGAGUUUGUAUAAUGGGGUCGAAAAUAGUAAUAUCCAAACAACCUCCAAGAAUAAACCAGCUACUCCAUUUAUGAUCAUACCUGGCCAUCAUGGUGGUAUUCUCAGUGCUUUGUGGUUGGAUGAAACAGGAAGAUUUAUGGUGAGUGCUAGUGGAAAUAGAGGCUGGGGUCAAUUUAAUUACACGGAAACUGUAUUAUUAUAUGAAAUUGAUUUUGAAUAA